UUUGAACUGAUUGGAGAUGUUGAAGAUUGGCAUUGAUCUUUUGGCUCAAAUUUCUUCACCGGAAUUAUUAAUUUCCGCCUAUCAUAUAGUAUCAUUUUGCUUUUGUGAAUUCCAGUUGUCCCUUAAACUUGAAAUUCAGUUAGCACAAAACAAUGGUGAAAGCCGUAGCUGUCCUUGAGAGCAGUCUGGGAGUCAGUGGAACCGUCUUCUUUAGCCAAAAUGGCAAUGGUAGCUCAAAUCAGUGUCCAACGACAGUUACAGGAAAUAUUUCUGGUCUUCAAGCUGGGCUUCAUGGCUUCCAUGUUCAUGCCCUUGGAGACACAACCAAUGGUUGCUCAUCAACUGGGCCACAUUUCAACCCUGAAGGCAAAGACCAUGGUGCCCCCGAGGAUAAGAAUCGUCAUGUUGGUGAUCUUGGAAAUCUGGUUGCCGGCGAUGAUGGUACUGCCACUUUCUCUAUCAUUGACAAACAGAUUUCCCUUGUUCGACCGAAUUCCAUUGUUGGAAGGGCAAUCGUUGUCCAUGCAGAUCCUGAUGAUCUUGGCCGAGGUCAAACCGAGCUUAGCCUGACCACUGGCAAUGCGGGUGAGAGAGUAGCUUGUGGCGUUAUUGGGCUGCAAGAGUGAAGUGCACUUCGAUUAUGAUGACUGAUGAGGAAGCACAAUGUGUAUAUAUAUAAGCUAUUUUGGUUCCAAACAUAUAUGUAGUAAAUAAGAGCUAUUGUUCCUACUGUGAAAAAUCAGGAACGUUUAAGAUAUCAAAUUUAUGAAAAUCUCGAUGAAAGUACUAUCUAUAGAUAUUCUUUUAA